UCGUACAUCCUGGAGAGAUGUAUAGAAGGUUCCACUUCCAAUCCAAUGAUAAUUUGAGUAAUUGAUAAUGUCCAACAACUACGAACAGCAUAAUACAAACAAUAUAUAUGAUAUUUGAUCCUUAUUAUCUCGCAGUGCAACAGUCGGACUAACCCAAAUUAUUUGUAAAAUUGGUAUGCGAUGCUUCAAAAUGAAGCCCGACCCUAGUCCAGACGUACACAGACCGGACUGCGCUGGGAUCCGCGCGACCUAGAUGUACGCAAUAGCGGACAUCCGUUGACGUCCGCAUGCAGAACAUGCUUGGAUGUUGGUAUUAAUGAGAAGAACCCACACUGCAUGAUACUUUUACAUCGAGACGCAUUUCGGGUCGAACCGGGAACAUCGUAUAUAUAUAUAGAUCAUAAUAACAGGACACAGGUUAAAAGGAGAUACAAUAACCAAUGGAGUCCACGUUUGAGGAGAAGCUGGCCUCUGAGGUCCGCAGGUACGUCCACCUGUACGACCCUUCCCAGCGGGAUUACAAAGACUUCCUAAAGAGCAACAACUCCUGGAAGGAGAUCGGAAAAACGCUGGGCAAGGAUGAAGCGAUCUGUCGAGCCAAAUGGAAAUACCUACGCGACAGGUUUUCCAAAGCAAAACGUAAAUUGAAGUGGGCGAGAAGUGAGGAUGGCGGGGUAUAUGGGGUGGCCACUGUUCCACCGCGUAUUUACACGAUGCUGAGCUGGCUGGACUGCUUCAUCAAGCAUCGUGAGACAGAAACGAAGAGUACUAUUCCAAAUGAGCCGGAUGACGCCCCCCCUCCCAAUAACGAAGCCCCAGACGAGAAGCUGGAAGCCUGGCUGACCCCCGAGAAGCCGGUGUCCCUUCCUGAAACCGCAGCUCAUCCGCCGCCUUCCGUCGCGGUCGGGGGGAGCAGCUGCCCGCCCACCGAACCACCAGCCAAGCCCGAGCCCGGGGGGUCCCAGCAGGCCACUACGAGGCCGCUGUCGUCGUUGUCCUACAUGGCAGCCUCGAUCCGGCAGGGCCAGGCAGCCCGCCGACGGGCGGCCAAGAGGAGGAGGCGAGCGAUGGGGAUGAGCGGCCCAGUGCGUCCGGUCGCAGCGGCUGCUGUACCGAGAGGAGAAGAGGACGAUAAUAACGACAUGUAUUUCUUCGCCGGUACCGUCUGCCGUUUCCUUCGGAAGGUGCCUGAGGAUAGGAUCGAUGACUUGAUGCUGAAGAUCCUCCAUCUAAUCAGGGAGCAUCAGGAGUAGGGAAAGUAGAGGAAAAUAUUGGCC